AUGACUUUAAAACAAUCCCAAACUUAUGGCAGACUUAUGUCCGUUUUGAAUGCGCCAUCGUCUUAUUGUGCUAGAUAUUCAGGAAUAAGUUUUAAGAUGGAAAUCGUGAAAAUGAGUCUUUCAGCAUCAACCACAAGCUUAUACAUUUCUGAUGAGCCCUUUUAUAAAUGUGUAAUUGAUAAUUUCGAAAUUUUCCUCAGAAGUUUUAUUCAUUUUUCCAAAGUAAAAGAGCAUCAGCAAAUAUUUAAUGUCUGA